GCCCGGUUCGCUCUUUUCCGCGCGUGCGCACUGCAAGGGGGCAAGAGGGAUCCUUUGAUGUUGAGCCGCGCGGUUCGCCUGGGGUCGCGUCCUUUGGGGUUUCGUGGUUCAAGCCAAGCGGGGAAAUCGUCUCGUGCCAUGGAUCUGACGCACCUUCGGAAAGACUACAGGGGGGACGAUGAGGCCUUUGAGGAGAAACAUCUGACCUCCCUUAACCCUAUUAAGCAGUUCUCUGUAUGGUUUGAAGAAGCUAUGAAGUGCCCAUCUAUUGGGGAAGUCAAUGCCAUGUGCUUAGCCACCUGUACUAGAGACGGACGGCCUUCUGCUCGGAUGCUUCUUUUGAAGGGGUUUAGCCAGGAAGGCUUUCGCUUCUUCACUAACCAUGAGAGCCGGAAAGGGAGAGAGCUGGAUUCAAACCCAUUUGCUUCGAUGGUCUUCUACUGGGAGCCCCUCAAUCGCCAGGUACGGAUUGAGGGCCCUGUAGAGAAGCUUCCUGAGGAGGAAUCGGAGAAGUACUUCUAUACGCGUCCAAAGAGCAGCCAGAUCGGGGCUGUAGUGAGUCAUCAAAGCACGGUGAUUGCGGACAGAGAGUAUUUAAGGAAGAAAAAUGCAGAGCUGGAAGAGAUGUACCGAGAGGCUAAGGUGCCUAAGCCAGCGUAUUGGGGAGGCUACAUCUUGAAACCAAAAGUCAUAGAGUUCUGGCAGGGCCAGACAAACCGUUUGCAUGACCGCAUUGUUUUCCGGUACCUCCAAGACAGCAGUGCACCCUUGAAACCUAUGACCCACAGAGGAGAGGACAACUGGAUCUACGAGAGGCUGUCUCCUUGAGAAGCUUGUAGAGUUCACCCUCUCUCUUUUUUAAGUGCCAAAUCCUUUGUUCCCCCACUUGCCUCUCAGACAGAGCACCCAAAGAACCGCUGGACAAAGUCAUAGACUGGGGAGACCUGGAAUUGAAAUCCUUGCAGUGCUGUUCAGUCAGCUGCUAACUCUCAGCCUAGCCUACCUUACAAGGUACUGGUGAGGAUAAAGUGGUGGUAAUCUCUGUGUGAACCAUUGGAAGAAAGGCAGGUUGAAGCAGCCUAAACAUUAUUGCGGAGAAGGGCAGUGCAAACUUGUAGCAUGGGCUUCCUCCUACACACAAAGCACAAUCCCGACCGUUCUGUUUUAAUUUUGAAAUUGUUCUUUUUUAUUUUGGGGCCCGCUAGCAGCACUGGUUCCUACAAUCCCUGAGAUCAGUGUCCUUGAUUAUUUUGUGUGUUUGUCCAUUCCACCAGCAAUCUCACUCUUGUAUAUGCACUAAGCAUUCUAGGACUGGUCAUUCUUGAGAGUAUGUCACAUUAAGGAAGCACAAAUCUCUCUUUCUCUCAAAUUGCAUGUUCUACUUGAACUGUGCAAGCAUUCAUUCUGAUCUAGAGAAGGACCUGAGCCAGCAAGUCACUGUUUCAGGAUGUUGCUUGUUUGACUAGCAAUCUCACGAGAUCUGGACAACAGAUGCAUAGGAAACAGGGAAAUAAGUUGGCAUACAUAUAUCCUCAAGCAUGGUCUGCACUUUAUUUAGCCUCAGUAAUUUUCCUUGUAAUUGGGUUGCAACCUGGGCGAGGCCCUCAUGGAUCUCUGAGCCCUGUUAAAAGGUACCUGCCAAAUAAUAACAAUAACAAUAAUAAUAAUAAUAAUAAUAAUAAUAAUAAUAAUAAU